CCUUUUUAGCUGAACCGUAUUUUGGGUCGGGCAAGAUGGUAGAGACCCAGCCUCAAGUGAAUCCUCCAAAGAAAUCUGGCAGGUUGUACUGCAAAGCCGUUUUCACUGGGUACAAACGUGGUCUGCGUAACCAGCAUGAGAACACUGCGUUGUUGAGAAUCGAGGGAGUCCAGGAGAAAAAGGAAACCGAGUUCUACCUGGGCAAGAGAUGUGCUUACGUUUACAAGGCAAAGAGGAAAACUGCUUGCCCCGGACACGACAAGGCGAGUAGAAUUCGGGUGAUCUGGGGGAAGAUCACACGUUCACACGGCAACAGUGGGGCGGUCCGCGCCAAGUUCAGGAAGAACCUUCCUGCUAAAGCCAUGGGCCGGAGAGUGCGUGUGAUGCUGUAUCCAUCAAGAAUCUAAGCAGUAACAAAAAUAAACAAUAAAUAAUG